AUGGAUGCUAAUACUAAUGCUAGUACUAGUAAUGCUAGUAAGGGAUCUUCGGAUUCUGAAAGAGCUGAGGAUGGUGAAAGACCAAGAAAUGAAACGGCGAUUCCUAGCACGGUGCUUUCAGCGGAAUUGGACUUGCUAAAGCAUACAAAGCCAGGUUGCGUAUCUAACGGUUUAGCUGCAGCUGACAGCAUUAAUGAGAAUAACGUCAACGGCAUUAUGGUAGAUAGCAGCGGCCGUCCAUUGCAGAAUGAAGAGAUUCAAAAGAUUGUGGAAUCACGUCUUCUAGAUACUGUACCUAGGAAUACCGGUACGGAGGGUACUGGCCACAGUAUCCAUAGUGAUGGCAUAGAGAGCAACACUCACAACUGUGUACAAACCGGGACAGAACCUGUGGCAUUGACAUUGGCAACACCGGGGGCUUACUCUAGUGGCCCUGGCAGGGAGCUACAAAGAACCCUCGGACCCCAAUUUGGCCUUCUUGGGGUUGCAGCAGCAGCAGCAGCAGCUCAAACAGAAACCACAACCAAUGCUAGUGCUACUCAAGACGUUGCCAGUGAAAGUAAUAUGGAACCAUCACUGCUGCCGCCAGAAACAAGACCAAGCCACGAUACCACUGGACUCGUUGUGGCAAACUUGGUAGACGAAAAUUCCGAAGUACUGAAUGCUCUGCCCCAAGCACAAAGUGUUGAUUUGGAAGCGGCCAAUCGAAGAGCCCAAAGAACCAAGCAAUCCCGCACCUACAUUCUAUUGGGACUUGUCAUUUUGAUUGCCGUUAUCAUCAUAUUGGUGACCAUUCUUGUACCUUCCAGGGGAGAAUCAUCCAAUGAUGAUGAAGAUAAUCCCACAAGUAUGCCUAGCAGCAACCCGUCUGAGGCACCAACAACCUUGGAUCAAUACUAUUUGUCCCUGUUACCAGAGGACACCCAGCAAAAAAUCAUGGAAGAUGUGCAGUCACCGCAAUCACUGGCGUUCCAAUGGCUGCUCGACGACAUGACUGAACUCGAUGAUGACUACUCAAACAACAAUUCUUCUGUAUUCAUGAACCGAAUCAAACAGCGUUUUGCCUUGGCCACCAUCUACUAUGCCACAGGUGGAAACAUCUGGGCGCACAAUGACAACUGGCUCAAUCACACAGUCCAUGAAUGUGAAUGGUUCACAAGAUCAGAGUUUGCACUGAAGUCCAAAAUUGCAUUUUUGUACACUGGCUUCCUUCAAGAGUUUCAGCUACCGACCAGCAAGUGUGAUACCCAUACCGGUAUCUACGAGCAUCUGUGGCUCGACCAGAAUAAUCUUGUGGGUUUAUUGCCCGAAGAGCUAUACAUGCUGACUACCCUUAAAACUCUGUCAAUGGGUUUCAAUAUGCUUGUUGGCCCCCUGUCCACACUUCUUGGACAAAUGACGGAGCUCCAAGGGCUGGCAUUUGCCAAUUCAGAUCAUGGAUGA